CAAACAAAGCGCGUGCUCACGGGAUUUGUAGUCCAAAACAAACCGUUUCUGAGAUUCCUGCGGUGGGAGGUUAGCCCCCGUUCGCGGCGAAUUUAACACCGUGGGUGUGCCGUAUUUUCAAACCGUUUUACAAAUGUAAACUAUUUAAGCUUAAUGUGCGCGUAGGUGUCAAAAUUAACCGGAAACAGCCGGAUAAACACACGCCGAAACGAGACCCUUCCCUUGCGGCAUACAAGUCCCACCGGCGGUGCUCUCACGUGAUUGGCUGCGUGCUUUUGUCAAUCACGUCUUGUUCCUUCCACUACCGCUCCUACAGUAAAUAUUUGUGUUUGCUCAACCGGCUGUAAUGGUGGACGACUGAGGCAGAGGGAACGGAAUACAACUCGAGUGAAGAAAGAGGAAAAAACGGUCGAAAGUCUGCUUCAGAGCCAGCCGCCGCGAAUAGGACACGGGCUUCGUCGAAAAUGGAUGAACUCAAACAUCAAGUCAUGAUUAACCAGUUCGUCCUGACGGCGGGUUGUGCGGCAGACCAAGCGAAGCAGCUUUUGCAAGCGGCACAUUGGCAGUUUGAGACUGCCCUCAGUGCCUUUUUUCAAGAAACAAAUAUUCCAUAUGGCCAUCAUCAUCAAAUGAUGUGCACCCCAGCCAACACACCAGCGACGCCCCCCAACUUCCCUGACGCGUUGACUAUGUUCUCCCGGCUGAAGGCCUCCGAGAGCUUCAACAGCGGCAGUGGCGGAAGCCCCAUGGCCGCCGCCAUGGCCACCUCACCUCCACCCCACCAGGUUGGCGGCUGGGGGGUCUCAUCAAAUGUACCUAAUGUGCCGCAGCCUCCACAGGGACUCUGGACUCAGGGGCAGCCCCCCACACAGCCCUGCCCAGCCUGGCCAACGGGAGUGAACCCGCAUACGGGCGCAGAGCAGAAGGCUAGUGUAGCAAUGGAGGCAGAGAGAUGAAGGCCGCACGGGACUGAAGAACCCGCCCCCCCCCCAUGCUCCCAUGUUGGAGAGGGAGAGGGGAGGGGAAUGGGAAAUGAAUGUGGGAAGGGUGUGUGGAGAAGGGGAGGAGGGGGGUAAAUGGCUAGAAGUGGGUUUGGGAUUUCCCCCCACCUCCCAAAAAACAAAACAAAAUAAAAAAAACUGAUGAUAUUGAAAGAGACAGAUUCUACGCAAACCAAGAAAAACUCAACGUGGACAAUUUGAAGAGGAGGAGAAAACCAAUGCAAACAUCAAUACAGAAAAAAAGAAUAAAAAAAGAUACGCACACAUAGUAAUAAGAGAGCAACUGAGAUCUUUGUUAGUUUUUCCUAAGUAAAUGCAUAGAUAAAAGAAAUAUUAUUGAACUAAAAAACGAGAAAUGAAAAAAAAGAAUCGUCACGCCCAAGGAAUCUAUGUGCAGUUCAAGGACAUUCGAGGCAGCAAACAUCAGUUUUUCAUUUAGUUUCUUCUUCUUCUUUUUUUAAUCUUUUCUGCCGGUGUUUUUCAGCCACUGGGGUUUGUGUUUCCGCAACAGUCUUUGCUGCAUGAGGAGACGGGAACGUGCGAUGCAGUUGGUUUUUUUUUGUGGGUUUUUUUGUUUUUUUUGUUUUUUUUUUAGAUUGACUCAGAAACCAUCACGCACUUGAGUGUGAGCGUGGACGCAUGUGAGCAGAUGUUCAGUUUGUAAUCAGAAAUUUACACACACACACACUUUAGGCUUUUAGAGGAAACACCUCCAUACUAUCAUCCCCAUCGUGAAAGGUGGGACUUUUCUUACCUCACCUGGUGGUCACCUGACUUCUUUCAGCCAAUCAGGGAUUCUUCUUAAACCAACUGUUGCCACCGCUGCCGCAGGACAUGUUUUUAAAAGGUUUUCUUCUUAAAGGCAGCAGCCGCUCUGGUUUAUGCUCACUGAUCCUCGCUACAAUGGCUUUUCCAGACACAGAUUUAAGACCUGGACUCAGACGCCCAACUGUCCACUGUAUACAUUUGUUUUGUUUUGGGGUUUUUCCCUUUUUUUUUCCUGGAGAUUCUGGUUAGUACAAAAGGAAAAAAAAAAAUCAUGGUUUAAUAUCGUUUCUAAUGCUGAUUGUUAUGUUUUGUUAGUGGGUAAAGGGAGAGGUGGCUUUGGAAAUGGGUGGGAUUUCAGGUAGAUCUUUUUUUUUCUUUUUGGGGGGAGGGGGUUUGAAUCAAAUGCAGCUAAAUGGCUACAGAUUUAAAACAAACACCCACACACACGACUACUCCAUCUUUGUAAACCGAAUUGCCACUUUGCAUGAUGUGUUCAUAAUGUGUAACAUCUUUUGUAGCAAACAUACAUGAGGUCGAGACACGUUUCGGGGAGAGGGGUGGACGGAAAGGUGACGGUGGGAUUCCCAAAGGUAACUGAAAUGCAAUAGAUGUCUUGCUGUAAAGGCAGAAUUGGGGUCUUAGAUGCGAGGAGGAAAACGAAAUGGGUGUGAGACAGCGUCAGGAAGCCCACCACGGGCAAUAUGGGGACACUACAGACUACUUUGAGAUAUACAGUAUAUAUAAAUAUAUAUACAUACCCUCAGAUACUGUACUGUGGAGGGGUUUUUACAACAUUUAGGUUUCUAGUUUUGACCAGUUUCGGUCCAUUGAUACUGCUGAGGGGGACACUUCAGGGAUGACCCUGAUAUACGGCAAUAUUUUAAAUGCAGGGUCUGCCCCUUUCUUUUUUUUUUUUUUUUAGUUCGGAUUAUUUUUUACAUUCAUUAAAGAUAAGUAAGAAGAAAUAUUUUGAAUAGCUGAGGGACUUGUGUUUUUAAAGGCUAAAAAAACUCAUUUGGAAAAUAAUGGCUAUAAUAAUGAAAAAAAGUAACCAACUUCCUUUUUUUUUUCAUAGACUAAACCAAUGUUUAAGUUCAUCCUUUCUCCAUGCUUCAUACUUUAUUUGGUAAUAUCAGAGCGUUUCUGGGUGGGCCUGUUCCUAAAUGGUUUCUCAUGUAUGUUCCCCCCUGCCCCUUGUAUGACUGUAUGAGACCAUUCCCACAAUAUUUGUGGACUACCUGAUAAUUAACUUAUCAUUUUUGUGAACCUAAAUAAAUAUUGUAUGUCAACCUA